AUGGGAUUCAGAUUUUCAAAUCCAAGAGGUGCUGCCACAAGAAGUGGGAUGCUAUGAGAAGUGGCUCUACGGGAAGGAAUUUGGCAUGAAGCCAUGGCUUUCACUGGGUGUUUUGUUGCUGCUCUCUCCCUAGGAACGUUUGUAUCUGCUUUCACCGUGCUGUGCGGAGCCCGGACCGACCUCCCCGACAGGCACAUGUGUUGUGUCUUCUGGCUGAACAUUGCUGCUGCUCUGAUUCAGAUCCUGACGGCGAUUGUGAUGGUUGGCUGGAUUAUGAGUAUAUUUUGGGGAAUGGACAUGGUCAUUCUUGCAAUUUCACAAGGCUACAAGGAACAGGGGAUCCCACAGCAGCUGUAGUGGCUGGGACAAGUAUGGUCAGAGAAACACGGCGAGAGAUUUCCUUUGGCAGCUGUGGGCCAUGGACCUUUUCAUUACCCUUUGUCUUUCUUCUUCUUCCUUUUGU